AUGCAAGGCUAUCAGAGGAACUUCGAGGAUCAGCAGAGGGAUCAGAGGGAUGAAGAGACGAUAGUGGUGGACCUGGUGCCACCUCAAUAUCAACUCAGCCCACCGCACAGCCCUCCGCCCGGGAAUAUGCCAAAAACCCCGGAAAAAGAAACUUCGCCGUCGCAUCAGCAGCAACAACAACCGUUGUCCUCGAUGGACCCGAACAUCAGACGUUACCGCACAGCUUUCACGCGGGAGCAAUUGUCCCGUUUGGAGAAGGAGUUUCACAGGGAGAAUUACGUGAGCAGGCCGAGGAGAUGCGAAUUGGCCGCCCAGCUACACCUGCCCGAAUCGACGAUCAAGGUCUGGUUCCAAAACCGUCGCAUGAAGGACAAGCGUCAACGUAUGGCGAUGGCGUGGCCGUACGCGAUGUACACGGACCCGACCCUAGCGGCUACUUUGUUGGCCGCGGCGACUGCCACGUUGCCGCCGCCGCCGUAUCAUGGUGCCCCUGGUCUGCCGCCGACCCAUUUGGGCCCUAGUUAUCCAGCUGCCGCCGCGGCGGCUUACUACGCGGCCAGAUACUCACCUUAUCCGGGAGCAGUGCCGACCAGCAGCGCGUCGUCCCUUCACCGACCACAUCCGCGCACCGCUGCCGCUUAUCCGGCUCAUCCGCAUCUACUGCAGCCUCACCCAUCGUUGCCGCCCCUGCACUUGACCGGUCUGGGCGUUCCUACGGUAGGCAACACCGCCUUCCAGGUGAACAACCCACCCACAACCGCGGCGACCACCACCUACAGGCCGACCAUGCUGCCCGAACUGAGUCCCGUGCACUCUGACGCGUCGAGCGACUGCGACUGCGUCGGCACUCAACCACCGCAUCACCCACACCACCAUCAUCACACGACCAACGGGCAACAGAUCCACGGGAAAAGCACACCAUCGCCGCCUGUCACACACUCGUCGCCCACGCAGAUCAAGCUACCGUCCGGUAUCAGUAUCGCCGGUCUACCGACCACCAUCUCGACGAUCGGGAUGUACGAGAGCAAGACCACCUACGCAGGGCUGGUAUCAACCCCCAGCGUGGUACAAUCGACGAAGAUGGACCCGCCGAAGCUGUUCCAACCGUACAAGAACGAUAUCAGCGAGAGGGCGUAA